AUGCAGGUGCUCCACCAGCCAUUGCGUGUUGCAUGUGAUAUGGGUAGGCAUACCCUUGACCAUAUUCAUAAUGGUAUUUGUGGUUGUACCUCGACGUUUGUGGCACAUACACCUCCUAUGUGGGAUAUGCAUGCACUAGUUGAUUUGACUGUGAGCUCGAAUCCAUUGGUCCCAUGGACACGUGAUAUGGCGGCCAUUAGCAGAUUUGUUGGCUGUGAUUGUGUGGUCGGUGCGCGUUGGGGCGUCGUGGUGGUCGUCGUGGCCGGAUGUGCAGUUAUGGCGGGUGUCCGUCAUCGUAAACUAGCGAUGAAUUCUGUUGGGGAGCCGACUGGCGGUGUUGUCAGUGUUUGUGCUAGCGGUUAUCCUUCCAAUGUCGAUGGACCGCUCCCGUUGAGGGACUGCAUUUGUCGAACCAAGCUAGUGGUAUCACCUUCUUGCCACUGUGGUCCUUUGUCUGUCAUUUCCGACGCCUGGUGUUGCUGA